GGAUGCCGGGUUUAUUUUGAUUACAAUUUAGUUAGGUUAAUGUGUAAAUUUAUGGAAUUACACAUUCUUUAUAAAAAGACGGGACUUUCAUUCACAAAAAUCGUUAAAUAUAUAUAUUGUACAACAAGGUUUCAUAAAUAUCCUCGAUUGUUAUCUUUAUAUAUAUAAUUCUUCUGUGAGUGUGUAUGUCACUGAACUUCUCUUAAACGACUGGACCGAUUUUGAUGAAAUUUUUUGUGUGUGUUCAAGGGGAUCUGAGAAUGGUUUAGAUUCACAAUUUAGUCCGCUGGACAAACCCUAUUUUUUUAGGGCGGUACGAAGUUCGCUGGGUCAGCUAGUUAUUAUAUAUAUUGUUGUUUACCAUGGAGAGUGUUUUGGUAUUAAAAGAUUACAAAACGGUUCCUGAUAUUGUUCACGAAUACGAGCCUUCUUUAAAGUUUGGCCAUAUUCCCUUAGUGAUAGACAACGGUUCUUACCAGUGUAGGGUUGGUUGGUCUAUAUAUGAUGAACCACAACUUAUAUUUAAAAAUCUGAUAGCGAGACCAAGAAAAGACAGAAGUAAGAAAGAUGCAGAACCUCCGGUAACCCCUCCCAUUCAAAUAGGCAAUGAUAUUGUAAACAUUGAAGCUGUAAGGUUUCAACUGAAGACUCAAUUUGAUAAAAAUGUAGUGACUCACUUUGAAGCACAGGAGCAAGUAUGUGACUACAUCUUCUCUCAUCUUGCUAUUGACAGUGAGAGCUGUGUCCCCCAUCCCAUUGUCAUGACAGAAGCAUUUGUCAAUCCUAACUACUGCAGGCAAUUGAUGUCUGAACUAUUGUUUGAAGCUUAUGCAGUUCCAGCAGUGAGUUACGGAGUGGACUCUUUGUUUAGCAUGUAUAAAAAUGAAAUUGGUGAUACAGCUCUCAUUGUUAACUGUGGAUAUCAUACCAUACAUAUAAUACCAGUCAUUAAGGGUCAAGUUGUUGAAGAACAUGCAAGAAGAAUUAAUUUGGGAGGUAGUGAAAUGAUAUGCUACUUGCACAAGCUACUACAACUGAAAUAUCCAGUCCAUGUGAAUGCCAUCACUAUGUCAAGAGCAGAGGAAAUACUACACGAACAUUGCUCUUUAGCCCUUGACUAUCAGGAAGAAAUCAGAAAAUGGGCUAGUCCUGAAUAUUACGAAGCCAAUGUUAAAAGAAUUCAACUACCUUUUGUCCAAACAACCAGUUCAUCUACAUUAACUGCUGAACAACAAAAAGAACGCAAAAAGGAAAUGGCGCGCAGAUUAUUGGAAAUAAAUGCAAGAAAGAGAGAGGAAAGACUGGCUGAGGAUGAAGAACAACUAAACCAGUUACUAGCCAUUCAGGAACUGAUAGAAGAUGGUGACACAGAUGAAUUCAAUGAAGCAAUAAAGGGUUUUGAUAUAAAAAGUUACGAAGAUUUGCAGCGUCAGAUAGCAAACGUGAACAUGCGCAUAGAGAAGAACAAACAGCGCAUAGCGAGUGCGGCGACGGCUGAAGACAUGCCUGAGCCGAGACCCACGGGCCGCAUCCAGCCCCCUACCGACCCUGAGGCCUUGGAGACCUGGCUCACUGAAACUAGGGCUAAGUACUGCGAGUUGCUGUCGCGGCGCGAGGCUCGUCGCGCGCGCCGUGCGGCGAUGGUGCGGCGCCGCACGGCGGCCGCGGCGGAGCGCAUGCGGGUCAUAUCGCGUCUCGCCGCCGCCGGAGACGAAUUCGGCAACCAAGACUCCGACUGGGAUGCUUACAAGAGUAUAAGCCGCGACGCGGAUUCAGAUUCGGAAGCGGACGGUGAACGCCUCAUGGAACUAGAAGAGGCACUGCGCGAACACGAACCGCAGACUUCGUCCAAUCAGCACCACCAGUUACAUCUCGCCAUUGAACCUAUUAGAGCACCAGAAUUAAUGUUUCAGCCGUCAAUGAUGGGCAAUCUAGAAGCUGGUCUGGCAGAGACGAUGGAGUAUGUGUUCAAACAUUUUAACCCAGAAGAACAACUACUGCUUGCUAAUAAUGUAUUUGUGACGGGUGGUUGUUCACAGUUUCCAGGUUUGAAGGAGAGACUAGAAAGAGAACUACUCGAAAUGCGUCCGUUUCAAACUACCCACAGGGUGGUAAUGGCGAAGAACGCCAGCCUCGAUGCUUGGUACGGGGCACGCGACUUCGCCGGCAGCAACGAAUUCGAAAACUGGUGCAUAACUAAAGAGGAAUAUUAUGAAAUGGGCGGAGAAUACUUAAAGGAACAUCACGCGAGUAAUAGGUAUUAUAAGAGCCCAGCACCUAUUACGGAUAACACCUUAGCCCCGGCAGGUGACGCGAACGUUGUUAAAGAAGAAAUAGUCAUUGAUUGUUAAUAAGAAUAAAACGAAGGAAUACUAAGAAAUGGACGGAAAAUACUUGAAAGAACAUCACGCGAGAAAUAGAUAUUACAUGAGCCCAGUACCUAUUACGGAUAACACCCUCGCCCCAGUCGGUGACGCGGACGUUGUCAAAGAAGAAAUAGUCGUCGAUUGCUAAUGAGAACAACACUAACGAAUACUAAGAAAUGAGCGGAGAAUACUUGAAGUAACAUCACGCGAGUAAUAGGUAUUACAAAAGCCCAGAUAACACCAUAGCCACGGCAGGUGAUAGGUACAAACGUUGUCAAAGAAAUAGUCGUAGAUUGCAUUGCAUUAGAAUAAUA